AUGGCCGGUUCAGAGCUGUCAGCUUGCCGUGCAGCUCUGGUCAAUGCAAAAGGCGACGUCAAUCUGGCGGCUCAACUUCUACUGUCCGACGCCUCUGUGACCACAGAUGGGCUUCUCUUCGGGGAUUGUUCGGAGUGUCAUGAGACCAAUGUUGCAGGAUACUUCGGUCAAGGCUCCGAUGCCGAGACCUUUUACUGCCAGUCCUGUUGGAGCCGAUGGGAUCGAGUUGGGCACAUGCAAGAUAUGGAGCAAGAGAAUAUGUUGCAGCGGGAUCUUGGUCUACUUGAGGCACCGACUCUCGAUGAGCUUGGCCAGGCACUUCUCAGGCGCGUAGCUGAAAAUUGGCGGAGCCCGCUGGACCGCACUGAAAAUCAAUUUGCGUGGAACGCCACUGGCAAAGAAUCCUGGAACAGGGUCGCCCGUGCCGCGGCUACUGCGUUGGCAUCUAAGGCUGGGGUCAUGGCAAGCGCUGCGAGUUUUCUCGCCGGAGCUGUGCAGAUGGCGGGAGAAGAUUUGUGGAAGUUGCUGACCAUCUACGAAAUCCAAGUGGCAUCGCAAUUGCCACGAACGUCCUCUGGAGCCAAAGCCAUGGCUAAAGCCGCAGGUUGCACCGGUCUUGCGUGCCCAGGUAUCCUAGGACAAACAGAGGAGGUGGAUGUCUACAUAUACGACUAUGGAAAGCUUGAUGUCAUUUUCAGGUUGCGAUCUGACGGCAUGCCAGCUUCAGCCCUUCUGUACGACCCUGCUUGCACGAUGUGCCCAAUUGGAAUUGGCGUUUCUGGUCUCUGCGCGUCUCGAUUUACACUCUAUCCGCAGACAGAGGCUUCCGGAGUUGGUGGGCUGCCACUGGCUGCAGUGCUUUGGGAGCUCCUCCUGGGCCCUCGCAACCUUCCCGAAGCUGUUGCCUUUCUCAGAAGCCUCUUUGACGGCAGAAAGGUUGUGAUGGCUUCCGGUGCUGCUUUGCUGUUGACGCAGCCAGGUCAUGGCAUGGUAAUGGUCGAGUGGUCGCGCAACAAAAUCCACAUUUCUCCUGAAAGCUUCGAGGGUGUCCUGGUUCACGCAAAUCACUGUGCACUUGGCUCUAGCUUGAAAGAUGAGGAUCAUCGGAGCAUUUCAAGGCUCUUGGAAGCGAGCAAACGACGCCAGUCAAAGAUUGAGGAGCUCUAUGCAGACAAACUGCUGGCAGGAACAUCCACGCUGAGCUUGGGCCAAGUGCAGGCGUUCUUGUCCGCAGAGGGCAUACAGAAUGAUGAUGUGCUUGCAACCGUGAUAAGCUGCCCGGAGAAGCGCGAGCUGCACGUUCGGUUUCGUUUGCAAGUUUCUGGCAUGGAGAUGGUGGAGGAUACGCUGGCGCUCUUCUUCGAGAACCUGCACAAGUACAAGGCCAUUCCUGGGGACCUGGGACUACUGAGCCGUGCCAAAGUGGCGGCUGAUCAGUUGAGGUCACUUCAGAAAGUUUACAGCGACUCCCUGAAGGGCGUCAAGUUAGCCAACGCUGUUGCACAGGAAUUGGAGGACUGGUCCAAAGUGGCUGCACCGGAGCUCGAGAAAGCCGAAGCCGAAGGCCAGUCUGAAGCAAAGGAAGAGAAGCUCCCUCAGGAGCUGAGCAAGAAAGACAAGAAAAGACUGAAGAAGGAGAAGAAGCGCGAGAAAAAGGCCAAGAAAGCCGAAAAGAAAGCCGCCAAGACCUUGGCCAAGAUCGAAGAGGCUGCGAAGGAGGCCGAGAACAUCGCGAAGCUGGCGGGUGAAGAGGAAGCCGAGGCUGCCAGAAGAAUAGCCGAGGUGGAGGAGGAGCUUGCGGCAGCUGAGGCGGCAGCGGCUGCUGCCGAGGAGUCCUCAUCGGAAGAUCCUGAGAUGGUGGCCAAAGCAGCAAGGCUUCGAGAACAACUCAACGAAGCCUACGAGCAUUCUGCAAAC